CUGGAGUUCAACAUGCUUUCCUAUACUGUGUACAUGCAUAGGGUAAACUGCAAGAACUCCAUCGCUUGCUCAACGCGUCAUUCCGGUCAGUGCUUUCCAAUUUAAUUAUUUUUGAUGUCGCAGGAGCGCUGUUGACCUCUUCUGACAGCAAGAUGCGCCUUCGAUGGAUGAACAUAAUUCUCUUCUUAAGACUGCUGUAGUGCCGCUUUUAAUCUACGUGAUCGUUUUCCUGAUCUAUUCCUUUUCGACUGCCUGUCCGCCUGCUGUAACGAAGGCCUGUGGCAACGCCACCUGCAACUAUACCAUCGCAACCCUGGAGCGAAUCGUCCAGGAAGCGACGCACAACCUAACUAGCGACAAGAUACAUUUGGUGUUUGAACCACCAGCUCCGAGCGCCACUCGCAGCCUAAUCCAGACGGUCGACGUCGAUUCCGGUGCGAGCGUUUCCCUCCCCUGCACCGUGCACAACGUCACCUACAGCAUUCCGCAGCAACUCCCGGACAUUUUCUGGACACAGAAAGAACACUUUACUGCCAUUCUCGGCAGCGGCCGCUUCACCAGUUCCGGCGCAUUGGAUGUCCUCCAUUCCGUUUAUUCCCGUCCAUCGUUGACAGCUCCUUACGCGGACGUCACCGUCACCUUGACCGUCAAGAACGUCGCGUGGAAGAACAGCGGUGACCUUGUCUGUUCCCAGAUGUGCCGUCCGCCCUUGGAACCCUGGAUCGCAAACAUGCCCCUCUGUACCGGCCAUAACCAGCACUUCCGCCUGCGGGUUUUCCCGUCCGCCAGCGAGCUCUUCCCGGUUCCCAUGGCCAACGUCAGCGUGCGUCGCGGGUCCGACGCUCAUCUCACUUGCGUUGCCAACGUCGGGGAAGUGGCCAGUACACCGGCCUUUAUUUGGCGCUUUAACGGCUACGUGAUCUAUGCCAGUAACGAGCAUCCACUGCGGAUCCUGGCCAACGCUGUGGAUGGCCGUCCCGGCGUCUCCGGGGAGGUACAUUAUUUCCCCUUGACCGGCAUCUCCACGGCUAAGUCGUACAACUCUGGCGUCUACUUCUACAGCAGCACGGCGACAACGCUCACCAGCACGCUGGUCGUCUACCGCGUGGAUCUGCACACGUCGGCGCGCGUCGAGUGCUGGGUGCGGCCGGAUGCCAGUCGGGAGGUGUGGCGCCGGCAGACUGCCUACCUCGAUGUUGUGACUACUCCCGUCGCUUAAUCAGCUGGCCGAAUACGCAAACCCUGAAGCGGCGAAAGUAACGGGGAGUACGGCUGGCAGAGUACAGCUGGCAGAUGCUGAUGGGUGUUUGAUAGCCGCUGUACACCUUCCCGAAACCGAGAAGCUUCGCUUCGGUCUGCUCAUCCCUAAACCGGUACAUGUUUAUCGUGGUUGAUGCCACGGAUUAGCGUUAAAGGACACCGCACUGCUUUUACAUUUUGGUGGAAAUGCAGCGUUCGGGAAUGUAAAGUUUAAACGAUAUUACGGAAACAGCGGUCACUUCAGACACAACGUUGGUGUCCUAGGAACGAG